UACAAAUGGCAUCGGUGGUUCAGUAUGGCCGACGGAGAGGCUCCAGUAAGAGAGUGUCUUCAGCUGAGGAAGCCAGCAGGAUAAUCCAGCCCCCAGACCUCCAACAAGUCACUGUUUUAACCAAGAGUGAAUGGCUGAGGAUUCAGGAUGAGUUGAAGCAGGUUAAUAGAGACAAGGAGAGUAUGAGAGAGACAGCGAAACAGAGGGAGGCCUUGCAUUUGCAAUCACAAGAGGUGGUGAAACUGUGGUCCAAUACCAUCGCUGGUCAAAGGCAAAAAAAACUAGAGGCAAAGAAUAUCCGUGAGGAGAUUGAAGAGGAGAAAAGGAAGCUGACUGAUAAAGAAGAGGCCGAAUAUCAGGAGCAGCAUCGGAAAGAGGCCAUUGAAAAAGCCAAAAGUCAGCUGUUUUAUCAAACAGACCGUGUAAAAGGAUUACAUCGUGCGCUCUUACUGACAGAGGUGCUGAAGGAAAGAGAGACACAGAUUGAACUAAAGCAAAGAAUUAAGAAUGCCUCUAAAGAUGUCGACAAAGAAUUCCUGGAUUCGAUAAAGACCAGAGAGGAUGAAGCCUCGAGACAGGAGCAGGAGAAAGCCCUUCAGAGAAAGCUUGGGAGACAGGCUGUCGCAGAGGAUCUGAAAAACCAGGUCAGGGAAACUGAGCUAGUGAAAGAGCGACAGAAGAUAGAGAACAAGAAGGACGGAGAGGAAACCCAACGCCUCAAAGAGCUCCACCAGUGGGAGCAAAGAAUGGAGGAAGAAAGACAAGCAAAGCUGAAGAGAGAACUUAUGCACGCUCACAUGGAACAUGUCACCAAUAGGGACCUCAUAAAAGCGACAGAUGCACAAAAACAGGAGGCUGAAGAGGAGCACAGGAAACUUUUUCUCUCUGCAAAACAAAAAUUGAUGAAGUUACGCAAAGACAGACAAACAGAAUUGUUUAGAGAGGCUCAAAUGCACAGAGAGAAGAUCAUGAACAAGCUGGCCAUCACACAGAAGGAUCAAACUGAACGAGAACAGCAGAUGAUCGCGAAGGCUGUCGCUGAGCAGGAAGCAAAACAGGCACAAAGGCGGUGGGAGGAGGAGGAGAAGAAGGCUGCCAUGUUGGAGUCAAUAGCUGCGCACAGAGAACUCACGAGACAAGAAAAGGAGAAGAGGGACAAAUCAGCACAACAGAACACCAGAGACACACUUCAGGCCAAGAAAGAGGCUGACAGAAUAUUUUCUGAGAAACAACAACUGAAGGCUCAGAGGAUGAAAGAAGAUGGAAGAAUUCUACAAGACUUCAAUACCACACAAAUGGCUAAAAAAAGUGCCCGGCACCAGCAGCUGAGGAGAGAGGAAUAUGAGUUUGAGGUGAAGAACGCAGAGCUCCUUGCUAAAGAGGAGAACCAGUUCCAACAGUAUUCACAGAACAUCAUCAGUGCAGCGGCGGAGGCUCAGCGAAAAGUGUUCCCACUUUGCAGAGCGGCAUCAUUGGGGAUCGGAGGAGGGCACGGUCCAGUUUCUAGUGGACUCAGACCCAGCUACCUCGUUCAGGAUCUCACUGGUGCUCAAAUGCCCAAAUACGUCUCUGGUGCCACCCAGAGCAUUAAACAGUUAAACGAGGCCGAAGAUAUUCAAGACGCAAAGAGGAAACUUGGGUUUACAUGGUCAUAG